GUUAGAGCAGCUAUCCAAUGUCAUAACUCAACUUCAGCUACUUCUACAAAUUCUGUAUUCUUUGGCUCGAUGACCAAUAACGAUUUGAGAUUGGGGACAAACGAUAGCACACGAAUGACUAUUCUGGGAGGAACGAACGCUGGAAGGGUCGGUAUCGGUACAACUUCCCCAGCAGCGCAAUUAGAUGUAUCCGGCUCCGUGAGCCAAACUAUCGAUAGCGGUGGUUUAGGCUAUGGUCAAUUGUCUAAAACCAGUACGACAUUUACCGUUGGUCCAGUGAGCAGCGUCGCCGUUUCAAUCAAGAGCUCUAACAGCAUUCUUGUAAGUAGUGGGUCCUAUUAUACAACCAGUGAUAGGCGAUUAAAGACCAAUAUCCAA